GCGGAUGUUGGACAUCGGGUUGGAGUGGCUUGGGCCAAAUGGCGGUUAGCUUCAGGGGUGUUGUGUGAUCCGAAGAUUUCGCCUAGAAUGAAAGGUAAGUUCUAUCGAUCCGUAGUCAGACCUGCUAUGUUAUAUGGGGCAGAGUGUUGGGCGGUUAAGAAGACUCAUGUGCGUCGUCUGCAUGCGGCGGAGAUGCGGAUGUUACGAUGGAUGUGCGGGAAGACAAGGUUGGAUAGGAUUUCGAAUGAGGUUAUCCGACGUCAAGUAGGUAUGGCACCGGUGGAAGACAAGUUGCGGGAAGCGAGGUUGAGGUGGCUUGGCCAUGUGAGACGGCGGGAUGCCGACGCCCCUGUACGGAGAUGCGAGAGGAUUACGGUUAUCGGGGGAAGUAGGGGAAGGGGUAGACCUAAGAAGAAUUGGGAGGAGGUGAUAAGACAGGAUUUAGGACUUCUCGACCUGACUGAGGAUAUGGCCCUAGAUAGGAACCUUUGGAGAACUAAGAUUAGAGUAGCUGGAUAGGAGCUCGGUGUUGUAGAGGUGGAGCCGGGGGUCUCUUGGAAACAGCCUCCCUACUUCCGAGUAGGGGCAAGAUUAUUAAUAUAUAAUUUCUAUAAUUUUUUAAUAUACAAAUUACAAGAUAAAAUGGAUUAAAGAAGUGUAUUGGAUGGUGUGUAAAAAUGAAAGUGGACAAAUACUCUGGGACGGAGGUAGUAUAAAAUUUUAUACAUGUUCUUAACAAAAAUGUUAACAAAUGAUCAUUCGUGAAAAAUGAUACUGCGUAUAAUAAUUAGGGACUAAAUUA